UAAACAAUAAACCAUAAAAACAUUUUUACGCUUAUUAUCAAUAUAAUAUUCAGUGGUGUUAGAAUAAUAUCUUCCAGUACUUAGUAUUCGCUAAUCACUAUGACAAAUCACAAUAUCAUAAUUGUUCACCGCCAUUUAGUAUUUACUAUUUACAAAAUGCUAAUAGUCAAUUGAUUUCAAUAACCUGCGAUCUAUAUUCAUAUCGCAUUGACGCAUCUAUCUAGUAUCUAUUACUUCGCCUUUGGGCGUUAUGGACAAAACGUGUGCGACCUCUAAUGUAAAUAAUCAUAAUUGUGUCAUUAUUACGCUCAGAAAUUGUUCGUGAGUACAUCUACAUUUCUGAAAGCUUAUUAAGUAUCGUAUCAAAUAUUAUAACAUUGCUGGUAAAAAAUACACCCAGUUGUAAUUAUUAUUCACAAAAUGGAUAAUACUAAAAGCAAAUGUGUUUUGUUAACUGGUGGUGCAGGGUAUGUUGGUAGCCAUACUAUUAUACCUUUAAUUGAAUCCGGGUAUGAGGUGGUGGUCUUAGAUAAUUUGUCAAAUGCAUGUAAAGGAAGUGAAGGACAAAAUCCAGUACCCAUAUCUCAAGUUGAAAAAUUAGUUGGUAAGCCUGUCACAUUCUAUAACGUUGAUCUCUUGGACUACGAUUCUCUCUCCAAAGUAUUUGAUAAGCAUAAUUUCUGUUGUGUUAUUCAUUUUGCUGGAUUAAAAGCUGUCGGUGAAUCAUGUAUCAUUCCUUUGACUUAUUAUCGAGUCAAUGUCUCAGGAUCAAUCAAUUUAUUUCAAGUUAUGAAAGAACACAAUAUAAAGAAGCUUGUAUUUUCCUCCUCAUCUACAGUAUAUGGUGAACCACAAUUUUUACCAAUAACUGAAUCGCAUCCAGUUGGCCAAAAUUUACUCAAUGGAUAUGCUAAAUCAAAAUAUUAUAUUGAAGGCAUAAUACAAGACUUAUGCAAUUCUGAUAAAGAAUGGUUUGUGAUUAUUUUACGAUAUUUCAAUCCAGUUGGAGCUCAUCCUUCUGGAAUUUUGGGAGAAGAUCCUACCGGAAUUCCUAACAAUUUAAUGCCAUAUGUUGCUCAGGUUGCUGUUGGAAAUCGACCAUGCAUUAAUGUUUUUGGGAAUGAUUAUAAUACUGUUGAUGGAACAGGAGUAAGAGACUACCUUCACAUCAUGGAUCUGGCCGAAGGUCAUGUUAGUGCAUUACAGAAGUUACAAAAUUCAGAUGAAAAUGGAGCUAUAGCUAUAAAUUUAGGCACAGGAAAUGGAUAUUCAGUAUUACAAGUAAUUGAUAUGUUUAGUCAGGUUAGUGGACAAAAAGUAAAAUACACUAUUGUUGAACGUCGAUCUGGUGAUUGUGCUUCUUCUUAUUGUGAUGCAUCGCUUGCAAAAUCAUAUCUUGGAUGGGAAGCUAAGAAAACUUUAAAGGAAAUGUGUGAAGAUACAUGGAGAUGGCAAUCAUCAUAUCCUCAAGGUUUUUCUACUAAGAAAUAACUGUACUAAAGUUACUUUGAAAUUAUAAACAAAUUAUUAUUGUUGUUGUUUUAUUAUAAUUAUUAUUAUUUAUAAAACGUUUUU